AUGAACAUACAAGAACUUGAAAUAUUUGGAAUAAUAGCGUUUGAUGGUCUAAUAAGAAAUGGAUUACGAUUGCAUCCUGGUGGAGAAUUCUUUGUCUAUCCAAUGGGAAAUAAAAUUACUAUCAAACAUAUAAUAACGGGUGAACAAUUUUUUCUUAGUGGCCAUAAAAAUUUUGUUUCCGCUUUAUGCAUUUCAUCUUCUGGUGACUUGAUAGCUUCUGGACAAGUAAACCAUCACGGUUUCAAGGCAAUGGUUAUAAUAUGGGAUUAUAGAGAACGUAAAAUAAAAUCUAGUUAUGAAAUACAUAAAGUCAGAAUCGAAGAUGUAUGCUUUACGAAAGAUGAACAAUAUCUCAUUAGUCUUGGAGGAAAAGAUGAUGGUCGCAUUAUAAUAUGGGAUAUUAAAAGUGAAACUCCACUUUGUGGUGCUGGAAACGAAAUAUUUGGAAAUAUCGUAACAAUCACACGAGCUAAUGUUUAUAACACAAGUUUUGUCAUUGCCGGGGAUAAAACAUUCAAAUUAUGGCAUAUCGAUGCGAAAAAUAGUAAACUUUACGGCAUGGACGUAAAGGUCGGGAAGAUUAAACGUGCAAUCAAUUGUCUCGUUAUAGAUGAAACUGACGAGAAUAUUUAUUGCGGAACAACAUCAGGCGACAUUAUACAAGCAAGACUAAACAUAGCAAAAUCUAAGGAAGCGAAUAAAUAUCCGGUUAUGAUUGGAUGUUAUUCAAAGAUACCGACGCAUCCAAAGAAAUCAAAUGCAUGCGAUGGACAAGUAUAUGCAGGUGGUGUAAAAAAUUUGUUGCUCUUGGAGAAAGGGAAAUUAAUUGUAGGUGCUGGCGAUGGGACAGUUGAAUUAACUGAAAUAACGAAAGAAUCGAUAUGUACUAUAAAUAAAACGAAGAAGCCGUUCAUUGUACCCGCUAUAAUAACGUAUCAAACAGCGAAUGUAUGUGCUGCGAUGACAUCGAUGUUACGGUAUAAGAAUGACGUUAUAUUAGUAGGAACUAUUAAGUGUGAGAUCUACGAAAUUGAAUUGUCGAGCUUUCAUAUACGUUUAAUUGCUACUUGUCAUACUAAUUCGAUAUUUGAUUUGACAUUUCCACGCAACUGUUCGGAAAUAUUCGCAACGACUAGUGAAAAUGAUAUACGAAUAUGGAAACUGAUUACCCAAAAGGAAUUACUUCGAAUUACUGUACCAAACUUCGCUUCUUCUAGUUUAUGUUUCGAUUAUAACGGUGGAUCUAUAAUAUCAGCUUGGAACGAUGGUGCGAUAAGAGGAUUCGCUUUGAAUGGAGGAAAACUAUUAUUCCAGAUUAAUUGUGCUCAUACAAAAGCCGUAUCAACAAUUACGAUUACCAAUGAUGACAGUAAGCUCAUUAGCGGUGGUUGUGACGGACAGAUUCGGAUAUGGAAUGCAAAAUCUGAAAUACGACAUUUACUGCAAGUUCUAAAAGAACACAGAGGUCCAAUAACUUCGUUACACGUUUCGCCCGAUAACAAGGGUCUGAUUAGUUCUAGUACAGAUGGUACAUGCAUACUGUGGGAUUUAAAAAAUUUCACGAGAAAAUUCAUGUUGAGAGGGAACACGAUGUAUAUGGCAACAUGUUUCGUUCCAAACGGCAUUCAAAUUUUAACAUGUGGUACAGAUCGCAAGAUAGCUUAUUGGGAAACCUUGGAUGGAUCAUUAGUUCGAGAAAUUGAAGGUUCAAUUACUGGAACGUUAAAUACGAUAGGUGUCAGUUAUGAUGGGCAAUAUUUUCUCACUGGAUCUGAAGAUUCUAUUGUAAAACUAUGGGAUUAUCAUACCGCUACUACUAUUUGUUUAAGUACAGCACAUGCUGCUGCCAUUACUGCUUGCUCUUUUGCUCCAAAUAAUAAAUUUAUUAUCACGUCAAGCACAGAUGGUGCUAUAAUAAUUUGGAAAUAUCCUUUUUCUAAAAUAUCGACCACUAACGAUAGUAAGUUGUAAAUAACAUAUAUUGCAUAAAUUGUAGAGCAUGAUGCUUUAUUAGUUUAACAGCUCAGAUAU